UCUUAGUCAACGUCCCCAUUUCACGCUUCCCCCUGCUUACGAGAUCAUCCUCAUCAGUCAGCAAAAAUACAACUUAGUUCCUAACAGAACUAAAACUAUUUUGACAGCGGCUGAAUCAUCAUCUCCUUGGCUAACCCCCGAUAAGCUAAACUAUUGUACUGCUGCUGCUGCUUACCUCAUCGCGCGUCUCUCCAUUCCAAUCCCUCUACGAACCUCGUCGAUUGUCUAUUGUGAAAAGACUGUGGAUUCAGUCCGAACUAAUCUGAACCUCCUCUUGGUUGAGCUUGAGUGGACGUGCGUGUUGCGGACUCUCUCGUCGCGUCUUCGUGUUUGAACCUCUAUACUCUCCUCCAUGCAGCCUACAUUAGCUCCAGCGCCGCAUCCAAGCAUGCAAACAUCUGCUCAGGACCAUGCUGAUCAGGUGCUCCAUGAUCAGCUCCUAGCGGCCCAUCAGCACCUAUCGCAUCCGCAGCAACCACGUCCCCAACCGCCUACCGCGCAGCCACCGCACAUGCAGCCCAAUACAACAAGUCCUCGUGAUCAGAACAACAUUGAUCCCGCGAUUUCAGGUGCUGCAAUGCUCAGCGGUCCGCCGCAGACGCCUCCUCAGCCGGAGCCCACGGGCCAAGAAAGCCCGAAGACGUACGGCAAGCGACCGUUGUCGACCUCUAAGCGCGCUGCUCAGAACCGUGCCGCACAGCGAGCAUUCCGCCAGCGGAAAGAAAGUUACAUUCGCAAAUUGGAGGAGCAAGUGAAGGAGUUUGAUACCAUGUCGGAGGCUUUCAAAGCGCUGCAGGCGGAGAACUAUCAGCUGCGCGAGUACAUCAUCAAUCUCCAGUCGCGACUUCUGGAAUCCCAAGGCGAGGUGCCCGAGCUCCCAGGAAACAUCGACCUGAGCCAGCCACGAACCGACUUGAAUGUACCGCAACCCGGUGCUGGGCCUGCAACGACGUCUUCGUCGGCGCCAGCACCCCCCUCAGGAGCUCAACAAGCGCAGCCGCCUCAGGGUGCUGCGUCCAACGACGACAUGAACUCCCUAAACCGGAUAGCCGUGGCCGGCUUGGGGAUGCGCAAGCAUCCCAACGAAGAGGCUAACUACCUUGGCAGCAACUUUGCAGCAGGUCGUCGGACGCGCCCCGAUGAGACCCAAGCUGACUCGGAAGCGACAAAGACGGAGCCGCCCCCUCAUGGGCUUCCCAUGGUCUCGUGAUCGCAUUCAGUUGUUGUCCUUUUUUCCAAGUUCUUGACCCUUGUGCUACCUCCAGAUACCGGUGUUAUCACCUUUGACGCUGAUUGCUUUUGUCGCGUACUCUUUUCUUUGUAUUAUCCCGCUUUUAUGCUUGGGUGUAUGGCGUGAUGUUGUUACGUUUUCUUUAUCUAAUGGUUUUGGAAGGGAUGGUGUUCUGUUGUGCCUGGAUUUCAAACGCCCAGUCCGACAGGCAGAAGGCCACUGUCUAAUAUUACUUGUGACCGGGUGUGGAUUGACUCGAUAAAUACAUUGAACUGUUGGACUUUUGUUCUUUUCUUUUUUUCUUUUCCUUGAAUACUUGCUGUUCAACACAUCUAUCAUAUGCUUCUAUGUACUACUCAUCAAUCGUAUAAGCACAUAAUCCACUAGAGCAAGGAAAAGAAAAAAUAACCUCAAAC